GUUCACAAUCGGUAGCAGGUAGUUGCUUGGAAGUGAUGGAUUCAAUGCUCGAGCUCGAGCUGCAGUCUUACAAAACGAAUCAUCCCAACCGUGGCAUAGCAGUGGUCAUAAAUGAUAGUGAAAAUCGAGAUGGUUGGGAAAAGGACCUAGAAGCGGUAGAGACUGUGCUGCAAAGGCUGAAGUUUGAUGUGCGUACGUUCUGCGACAAAACAAAGCACGAGAUCAGAGAUGCGCUGCGCAACGUGAGCAAAGAGGAUCACACCGAAAGCGACUGUCUGGUAAUUGUGGCGAUGGCACACGGAAAUAAUGAUAAGAUCACGUUGCGAAGAAGUGAAAUGCAUAUUGACGAUCUGUGGACGGAUUUUGUAGGGAACCACUGUCCCUCGCUGACCGGGAAACCGAAGCUUGUGUUCAUUCAAUCCUGUCGCGGUAGUAAGCAUGACUAUCGAGUUGGCGGAGUUAAGGUAGAUGCGGUACCGUCUCCAGAGAAACCAAUUUGUAUCGAAAUACCAAUGUAUGCGGAUCUGUUGGUGAUGUACUCAUCCUACGAUCAAUACGUUUCGUACCGUGACAAGAAGGAAGGGUCCUGGUUCAUUCAGUCACUUUGCCAAGUGUUGGGUGCCAACAUUGCCGGGAAGGAUCUGCUCACCUUGCUGACUCACGUGUCCUAUCUUGUAUCGGUUAGAUCGUUUCCGAUGGACAGUGAAGUGAAUAUGGUAAAACAUACCGGUGUGCUUAAACAAAUACCGUCAAUAAAUUCAAUGCUAACGAAAGCAUUCUACUUUGUGGACAAAUAGUGUAGCAGAAUAGUCGGAAGCUUAAAUACAGUUAGAAAAAAACACAUGCAAUAUAAGUGGUUUUAUUAUUUUAUUUUAACAAAAGAUGC